AUGGCGUCGUUCUUCAAUAGACACAAGCAGAACAAUGACUCCCCGCCCUUGACCGAUCUAUCGGGGAACUCGGUCGACAAUGAGAAACGACGCAGCAGCUCGUUCGACGAGUCAAAAGUCCCCUUCGUCACAUGGCGCUCUGUGGUCCUGGGCGCGUUCGUGUCGAUUGGUGGUAUCAUCUUCGGCUACGACACGGGUCAGAUCUCAGGGUUUCUCGAUAUGAAGAACUUCAAGCAUCGCUUCGGCCAAUUGCAGAGUGAUGGUUCGUAUACGUUUAGCAAUGUUCGCUCGGGGCUGAUUGUUUCCUUGUUGUCGAUUGGAACCCUAAUCGGUGCUCUCAUUGCCGGCCCAUUGGCAGAUCGCAUUGGCCGCAAGUGGUCCAUUGCCUUCUGGUGCAUUAUUCUGGACGUUGGCCUCAUUAUCCAGAUCUCGUCGCCGUCUGGGAAAUGGUACCAGUUCAUGAUGGGCCGCUUUGUGACGGGGUUUGGCGUGGGCGCCUGCUCGCUGCUAGUCCCCAUGUACCAGGGUGAGGUUUCGCCGCGACACAUCCGUGGCGCCAUGGUGUGCUCGUACCAACUAUUCGUCACACUGGGCAUCUUCGUCGCCUACUGCAUUAACUUCGGCACGGAGAAGAUGGAUAGCACGGCCUCCUGGCGGAUUACGCUGGGUAUCACCUUCUUCUGGGCUAAUCUACUCGGUCUGGGAAUCAUCUUUUUCCCAGAGAGCCCUCGGUACGAUUAUCGGCAUGGCCGCAUCGAACGGGCGAAGAGUACCAUGUCGAAGCUAUACGGUGUCUCCGAGCACCACCGGGUUAUUGUGCACGAAGUGCUUGAAAUCGAGGAGCAGCUUGAGGCCGAGAAGGGCACCCGCGGUGGCAUAUAUGGCUGGGUCGAGAUGUUCCAGGCGCCCCGCAUGCCCUAUCGCAUUGCGCUUGGUGUUGUGCUUCAAAUGCUGCAGCAGCUGACCGGUGCCAACUACUUCUUCUACUAUGGAACGGUGAUCUUCAAAGGUGCCGGCAUCAACAACUCAUACGUGACGCAGAUGAUUCUCGGCGGAGUGAACUUCGGCACGACCUUCGGCGGGCUGUACAUAAUUGAGCAUUUCGGCCGCCGCAAGUCUCUAAUCUGCGGCGGCAUCUGGAUGUUCAUCUGCUUCAUGGUCUUCGCAUCGGUGGGCCACUUCUCCCUAGAUGUGCAAAACCCGCAGAGAACACCCGGCGCGGGAAAGGCACUCGUCGUGUUUGCCUGUCUGUUUAUCACAGGAUUCGCAAUGACCUGGGGUCCCAUGGUGUGGGCGAUUGUGGCGGAGUUGUAUCCCUCUCGCUAUCGCGCGCGGGCGAUGGCGAUGGCGACGGCGUCGAACUGGCUGUGGAAUUUCCUGAUUGGGUUCUUCACGCCGUUUAUCACGGGCGAUAUCGACUUUGCCUAUGGGUAUGUGUUUGCCGGGUGCUUGUUCAUCGCUGUGCUGGUGGUUUAUUUCUUCGUUAUUGAGGGUAAGGAUAAGACCCUUGAGGAGAUGGAUAUGAUGUAUGUCAUGCACGUGCCGCCGUGGAAGAGCAGUAACUGGACGCCGCCGGCGCCGGAGGAGCGGCUCACGACGGAUCAGCUUAUGGAUCGUCGCGUCGCAAAACAAUAUGACAAGGACGAAACGGAGGCGGCAGCCAAGAAGAGUACGGAGGGCGGCGCACCGGUGCAUGACCAUGCGGAGAAUCCCGGGACAGGUCCAUCAACGGCGACCUGA